GGCGCGGGCGGCGGGAUGUGCCGGUGGCGGUAUGUCAGCGCCCGGCAGCUGGACGGCUUCCGCCGCUACAAGUACAGUGCUGUGGAUACAAAUCCUUUAUCUGUGUAUAUUAUGCAACCCAUCUGGAACAAAAUUAUUAAGAUAGUGCCUUUGUGGAUUGCUCCCAACCUGUUAACCUUCUCUGGAUUUGUCAUGAUUUUAGUUAAUUACUUUCUAAUAUCUUUUUAUGACUGGGAUUACACCGCCUCAGGUACCAGUCCUGGACUUGUUCCCACCUGGGUGUGGCUGUUCAGUGCUUUUACCACCUUUUGUGCUUACGCUUUAGACUCCAUAGAUGGGAAACAUGCUCGAAGGACUCAGUCCAGUACUCCUCUGGGAGAAUUAUUUGACCAUGGGCUGGAUAGCUGGGCUACUUCCAUUUUUGUGCUUUCUUUUUUUUCUGUCUGUUCCCGUGACAAUGGGAAGACUGGAGUUUCUGUAUAUACAAUGUAUAUAUAUUUAAGCAUUGUCUUGUUUAACUUUAUGUGUUCACACUGGGAGAAAUACAACACAGGAGUUCUUUUUCUUCCUUGGGGAUAUGAUAUAAGCCAAGUGGUAUUAAUUGCAGCAUAUCUGCUCACUGGUACUGUUGGUGUGGAAGUCUGGCAGAAGCCUUUCCUGUUCGGUUAUUACAUCACAGAUGUAUUAGUAAUCUUGCUUAUAGGCUUCAGUUUAUUUCUUUCAUUUCCACAAACACUAUACAACAUUCACAGAGCAUAUUUAAAGAAAACACUGAAGAAUGAUUCUUUGUAUGAAGGACUCCUACCUCUUGUGUCACCUCUGUUGCUGUUCAUUCUUCUUACAGUCUGGGUGGUUUUCUCUCCAGGCAACAUAUUAGCAAAGCAACCAAGAUUGUUUUUAUGGAUGGUUGGGGUUGCUUUCUCAAAUGUUAUUUGCAAGGUGAUCAUCUGCCAGAUGAGCAGCACCCAGCCCGAGCUUUUCCACUGGUUCCUCUUCCCAUUGGCACUGGUGGUUUAUGCAGCCAUCUCUGGGCAGCUGGGCUGGAUGGAAGAAGUGGUGCUCACAGUCUUCACUCUGCUGAUCACGGCUGCCCACGUCCACUACGGGGUCUGUGUGGGGAGGCAGCUGAGUGAGCACUUGAAUAUUUACAUCUUUUCCCUCAAGAAACGUGUCCAAGAAUGAACACCUGCACUAUGGUCAGACUGUAGUACUUGAUGUGGAGAUUUGCAACUCUUCUGAUGUGAUAAACAGUUGGAAUUAAUCCAGUUAACCAAAGAAUAGAAUAGUCCAGAUAUCUCAGCCACUGCGACAAUGAGCUAUGCAGCAAGAUGCUUCACCUCAGAGGAAGAUUCCCGUCCAGCAGAGAAGUGUUUACCAAGUUGUUCUGAUGCUAAUAGUUAUUUUCUUCACUAAUGCCAUGUUACUUCCCUCUGAAGCUUUUGUCUUCCUCCUCCUUGCCACUGUGUCCAAAGUCCUGGAUAAACCUAGGCCAGGUUACAUGAGAUUCUUGAGGGUUUAUAACCAGCACUGGUUUGGCCCAGCCUAGUCACCAGUGGGACCUCAGCAAUGCAAACCCUCCUUCUAUGUCCUUCUCCCUCAGAUGUCUGCACCUGCUGAAUUUUCCAUAUUUAUUUUCUCUCAACUAAUUUCUUCCGUACGAAGUCUUGAAGGGCUUAUGCGCAUUCAGUGUUUUUCUCACCUCAAAUGGAUGUUGGAAGAGAAGAUAAAUAUUUCAGAAAACUAUGGUUAAAGUGUUUUUGAAAUGUAUGAUUUUUUCCCCCAUGGCAUUAAGAUGAGUCUCAGCUGAGCUGCAUCUGUCAGAAAUGCAGGCUCCAUACAGCAGCAGCUGACCUUUAUGCUUAUUUUCUAGGCAUUAACAAGUGCAUUGUUGAUAUUUUGGUAGCAACAAGCAAUAUACCCUACAAAGGUAACCAGCUGAGAAUAAAUUUGGCCAACAAACCUUUGAAGAUUCUCCUGUUUCACUGCCAAACUAGUUAGUCAAGCCUCAUCUGUGAGUGUGAAAUGCUGAACAAAUAAUUAUUUUCCUGCGUGCUUGAAACAAAUUCUUGUGGUUUUAGAUAAUGUCAAAAAACCAGAAAAUAAUCAAGACCAAAAAAAGCUUUUUUAAGAUAUUACAUAUUUGCAUGCAGAUGUAAACCGCUCACUUAAUCUUUAAUAUAUGUAGGUUUCCUGUGUGCCUUAGAGGAAGGAGUAAAAAUUUAAGUUUCAUCAUUUUUCAUAUGCUGCCCUAGCCAGAGGGACUUUGUGGCCUUGAAGCACUAAUGAAACGAUAUGUCCACUUUCCCCAAGGUAAGCUUUAUAUUACAUUGCUUGCACAGAGGGAUGUGGAUGACUAGCUUAUUUAUUAACUAGUUAGCUAUCUUGUUUGCCAGAGCCGGGCAAGCUGUUGAGAUGCUGAACCUUACAAUCACCUUUUUCAAUUCUUAAGACCAUUUUUCUGCCUGUAUCAGUGGCCUGGUGCUUUUUUUUCCCUCAGUUGGCAUACCCUUACAUCAGUAGCACCUAUUGGUAUCUUCAGCUGAGCACCGACUAGUCAUGUUUUCAGCAACAGCUUCAAUUUCAGUUUGUACAGCCUGUUACAGUAGCUGACCUACCACAACAUCAGUAGCGCCAAUUACCCCCUGGCAGCCCUUACUGUAGGUACCAGGGGACAAGCCUGCACAGCAGCUUCCUUUCUUCACCAAGGAGAAACACCACAGCGACUUGGAAAGUGUCCUAUAGUCUGCAAGUAUGCUUGUUCCACUUAAUCAAACGAGCACAUUGAGGGUCCCACCCCUAAAGGAACAUCAUACUACAAUCACAGUUCAAGCAGCUUAAGGCUUGAGCCGGGCAGAGGCCUCAGGUCAUCUUGUUAAUGCUGUUUCAGAGAUUCUGCUGAGGUCUGCAGAUGGGCAGAGAGGGGAGGCUCCCAAGCCCUCCAGCACUGCUGCGGUCCAGCUGCAGAGCUGCAGCUGGAGCAGUGAGAGGCAUCUUCUAGCCUUCCUCCCUACUGGCAGGGUGGCCAUGCCCCUGCCCUACAUGAUGCCCAGUGACAGUGGAGUCUCCACAGAAGUGCUCCCUAAUGGUCCAAGGACUUUCUUAAGAGUAAGGCUGAUAGCUGUUGUUGUUUUUUUUUUAAUGAAGGAUGCUUAAAAUUGACAGUCCUGACUGUGUUUGAAAGGGAACAAUGAGUUUGACAUAGGCAUGUGCCCAGCAGUCUCACUUGCUAAGUUAAAAAUUACAUCCAAUACAAGAUACACUGCCACAAAAGUGUCACCUAUUUCAAC